ACUGUCAAAACUCCCACAGUCACUGUGAAAUUUUUCAGUAACACUAUUCUGAAGUUCAGCUGUAGCUAUGGUGGAAAGCAAAACUCAAUAUGCCCACGCAGGUGAAACUGCAUAUACCCCGGCAAGAUGGAGAGAUGACUUUUGAUUGUGAGUGUGGACUCCUGUCAGGGUCUUCCAGUGUGUCUUCUCGGGUGAUCUGCUGUAUCAACCGGUGUGCAAAUAAAACAAACAGCCAAAACCCCAAACCAAACCACGACCAAAAUCACGAUCUGCUUAACAUCCAGACUUAAAGGAGCAGAGAAAGCAUGACGUGUGGAGUCCUCUCGGGAAGCGGAGGUGGUUCAGGCAGAAGGAAGCUGUCCGGCUGUCCGUGCCGCACGGUCCCGUUCCGUCACGCCGCCAGUAUUUAUACCAACCCAACGCUCUUUGUUUCCCCUCCUUUUGGAUCUGUUGAGUUUCUUUGUUGAAAAAGACAGCAUGGGUGCCCAGUUCUCCAAGACCGCUGCAAAGGGCGAAGCCUCCGCCGAGAAACCUGGGGAAGCAGUGGCUGCAUCUCCAUCCAAGGCGAAUGGACAGGAGAACGGCCACGUGAAGGUGAACGGCGACGCCUCCCCCGCGGCGGCGGAGGCGGGCAAGGAGGAGGUGCAGGCCAACGGCAGCGCGCCCGCCGAGGAGACGGGCAAGGAGGAGGCAGCCUCGUCGGAGCCCGCCUCCGAGAAGGAGGCGGCUGAGGCGGAGAGCACCGAGCCGGCCUCCCCAGUGGAGGGCGAGGCCUCCCCCAAGACUGAGGAGGGCGCAACCCCCUCGUCCAGCAGCGAGACCCCGAAAAAAAAAAAGAAGCGCUUUUCCUUCAAGAAGUCCUUUAAGCUCAGCGGCUUCUCCUUCAAGAAGAACAAGAAGGAGGCCGGCGAGGGGGCCGAGAGCGAGGGCGGCGCCGCCGCCGCGGCAGAGGGCGGGAAGGAGGAGGCGGCGUCCCCUGAGGCGGCGAGCAGCGAGGAAGGCAAAGCCUCCGCCGAGGAGGCCUGCGCGACAGCCGCCGGCAGCGGCGAGGCGUCGAAGGAGGAAGCGGGGGACUCGCAGGAGGCCAAAUCGGACGAGGCCGCCCCCGAGAAGGCGGCGGGAGAAGAGGCCCCGGCAGCGGCGGAGGAGCAGCAGCAAGCAGAGGGGAAAGCUAAAGCGGCGGAAGAGGCGGCGGGAGCCGGCGCCGCUACGAGCGAGGCAGGUAGCGGCGAUCAGGAGGCGGCCCCCGCGGAGGAGCCGGCGCCGGCGCGGCAGGAGCCCCCCUCCGAGAGCAGUCCGGAGGGACCCGCCGCCGAGUCGGCGGAGUAAGCGCCACCGCCGCCCCUCGCCGACGGACUUUUUCUUCCCCCCUGUUUGUUUGUUGGAGUGGUGCCAGGUACUGGUCUCGGAGAACUUGUCUACAACCAGGGAUUGAUUUAAAAGAUGUCCUGUUUCUUUUUUUUCUCUCCCCUCGCAGCUCCCAUCUCAAAUCGUUGUGUGUUGCCGCCAUUCCAACGGGCGGAGGGGGGCCCUCCUCCGCCCUCCUCCUCCUCUCCUCCCAACCCUCUAUAUUUUGGGGUUCGUUUUAAAUUUUU